AUGACUACCUCCUUGUAUAUUGUCCUUUUCCUUCUCCUCCUUUCAUGUUUAUUAUUUCUUCAUCAUGUAGUUAUCAUCCGACCAUCUCUUAGCCUUUCGAGUAACAAUAAUUUAACACCGGAUCAUACAAGUUUAUCAAAUCAAAAUUCUAUUCACCAAAUGUAUAGUAACAAAUUAAAGACAAGUCUGUUUAGAGAUCGAUUUACCACCCCUUCUAAUUCACUGCCUUUUCAUUACGAUGAUCAUGAGGAGGAGGAACAUCAGGAUGAUGAUAAUUACGAUUCAUUCAUUCACUCUCGAAAAGGUGCAGCAACUUUUAAAAUUGGAAUUGACGAAUUUUGGAAAAAUGAAUUUACAACAAUGGAACACUUGGUAUUACUUGAUAAUUCUUCAAAUAAUAAUGGAACAAAUUCAACUGAUCCUACCAUGGAUUUAUUAAUGAUGAGGAUAGCACUCUUGGCAAGAGUGUGCUCCUAUUUUGAAUUGGUGUUUGCAGCAUUAAGCUUUUGCUUUUGUAUCAUAUUGAUGGUGGCCUUUGUUGGACUUGCUGAAUUGAGAGGUAGAAAGAAUUUUGCUCUCAUUAUGGCUUUUCUGGCCACUGAAGCUCUCAGUUGCGUGAAACACUUUCUCAUAUUGCUAAUUUUACACUUUCCAGAGACGAUCUAUGAACCAAACAUGUGUAUAGUUGUUGCUAUAUUCGAAUAUGGAUUUAAUUUUUGCUCAUAUUGUUAUGGAUUUUGCAUUGUAUUGGAUUUACUCAAUGUUGCUACGAAUCCCAUCAAGGGAAAUAAGAAAAAACACAUCAUGUAUCAUAUUUGCAUGUGGACACUCACCAUUCUUGCAAUUGUAGGAUCUGUAGUUGAGAGUACACUAACACAAAACAAUCAGGCAUGUUCAAUUCUUCCUGAUGAAUUAUAUAUUGGUUAUGCCAUCUAUGGUAUCAAUGGUAUUAUGGCCAUUAUAGGUAUUGGUAUUUGUUUAUAUGUUUGGUCAAGUUUGAGAAGAGGUUUACCAGGUACUCAAAAAUUAAGAAAUGGUAUCAUUAUUAGACAAUGUAUUUUCAGUGGUGUUAUUGGCAUUUCUUUAUUGGGAACUUUACUUUCAAGUGUUAUUUUGAAGGGUAAGAUUUCUGAAUUGAAACAAAAAGGGGAGGACUUUAGUGAUGCUGGAAUUACUAUUUUCACAAUUAUUGCUCGUAAUAUUUCAAUUAUUGUAUCGAGUAUUGAAGGUCUCAUUUUGUCACUAAUCUUACUUUCAGAUCCUAUCAUUUUGAGACAUAUUAAGAAAUUUAAGGACUUUCUUUGUAUGCUUACAGAAAACGAUGAGGGACAAAAUAUUCUCGAUAGAAUCAAGAAGAAGGGUGUUAUCAAAAGCUCAACACUCUAUACUUCCAUUUUAGCGGAAGGUGUUGCUGUGGAUGAGGAACUCGAUCUUCUCUCUAGAAGAAGAAUGGCCAUUGAAAAAGCUAAGGAAUCACUUUACCAUCAAAGAUUACUCUUCGAAGGUAUUAUGGAUGAGGGUUCUGAAGCAGACCAAGAACGUUUCUUGAAAUAUCUAUCACAACAAGAUCAAAAAUUCUUUGAGGAUUCUCUUUCAAACGUUGCCAUUGACUAUAUGGUCAGAAGAGAUUUGAUUUUUUGUGUCUUGUUGGCUACUCAACACUGUAUGAAACAAGCUCAUGAAUGUGAAGACAUUAUCAAACAAUUCAAUUAUUCAGAAUCUGAAUUGACCUCUCAUAGAAAUACUCUGUACGGUUCUCCACUAAUGAAGAAACUCUUCCAUCCAUCUCUGAGAUCCAAAACACAUCCUGGACUUUACAACCUUGUUACAAAACACAAGAUUAGUGUCACUGAGUAUUAUCCAACAGCUUUCCAUCACUUGAGAAGCUACUACUUUGUUGAUAAUCUUACUGGUUCAGCAGAUAUUCAUUCUAUUAUGGAAUCUUACAAGAGAUCUUUUGAACCAACUUCUGUAGUGUUGGAAUCUGUGAGAAAUAAUUUCAGUGAAGGAAAGUCAGGUAGUUUCUUCCUAUUCACUUACGAUUCUCAAUUUAUGAUCAAGACUAUUAAUGAUGAUGAAUUGAAAUUACUAUUGGACAAUAUUCAAUUCUUUUACAAGCAUUACACAACAUUUAGAGAUACAUUUAUUGUGAAAAUAUUUGGUAUUUAUGAAUUGAAAAUGACAGCCAACUUUAAAAUCAAAUUUAUUGUCAUUAACAAUGCUUUGAAUUGUAGAUUAGCAAAGGAUCGUGGAGCACAAUAUGAUCCAAUGAGUGUCUAUACCAAGUUUGACUUGAAAGGAAGUUGGAUUAACAGAAACAACCUUCCUACCUUUGAUGGUUAUGCCAAUACUCUUAAAUUCAAAUCUACAUCCAAUGCUGAGGAUGCAUAUGCCAGUCAUGUUCAAAACAGAAACAAGUUAUUACUUGAUAAUGAUUUUACUAGAAAGCGUAAAAUAAUUUUUGAAAAUAAGGCAAUUUAUGAAAGAUUCAAACAACAAUUGACUAUUGAUUCCAACUUUCUCAAAUCUCUCAAGAUUAUGGAUUAUUCGCUCCUUCUAGGUUUAGCUGAAGAUGACCCAGCUGUUAUUAGUGUGGAAAGUUUACCAAAUGAGAUUAAGUUUUAUGAGCCAUUCCACAAAACUUAUAAGGGAGGAAUUCAAGUUAUAGACUUGGAUUCUCCUUACAAUAGAGCAGCCAUCAUGUACUCUUCUGUAAUUGAUAUUUUGCAGCUCUAUGACAUGAAUAAGAAGAUGGAAACUUUAAUCAAAACGAAGAUUUUAAGAAAAGAUCCAAAUGGUAUCAGUAGUGUGGAGCCAAUUUCAUACGCUGAACGUUUCCAAAAUAAUGUCCUUGCCAAAUUCACAUCCAGGGAGGACUUUUACAAUAGUCGAUCUUCCUCUAUUUCACAUAAUACACUUAGUAAUAGAGGUCUUAGUUUUUCACACCCUAGAUCUUUCAUGGACGAAGAAUACUCAGAUGAUCAUGAUGAACAGCAAGAUAUUCAAAGAGAGAGCUCACCCCAAGAAGCAUUGUACUAUGAAGCCCAACAAUCUCAAAAUAUUGUCACUCACUUAUUGGACCAUGUUGAAUUUAACAAGAGACAUCAAGAACGUUUAUUAAACGACUGUUGAGUUGUUAUAUUUCUUGU